AUGUUUCUUCCAGCUAUGAUUUUUACAAAUUUCCUUAAAUCAGUAACUUUUGAUUCGUUAUUGGGACUCAUUCCAACAAUAUUGACCACAUUUUUUUGUAUAUUUUGUGGAUAUUUGAUCGGAGUGAUUAGCAACAAAUAUUGGAUUAAAAAAAAUAAUCUAAACUCCAUCAUUGUCUUAUCAUCAGCUAAUCCUCAUACAAUAAAUAUUUAAUUACAGAUAGCUUAUGGUUUAACCAUGUACUUUUCCAAGAUAACAGGUUAAUCUGAAAAAGAAACUGAAGCUAAACUUGUUACAAUAAUAAUUAUUUAAACUGUCAUAGUUAAUGCCUUCCGAUGGUCUAUAGGAAAGAGAAUUAUACAAUAAAAUUGA